AUGGUACGUCCACACUUGGAAUUUGCAUUACCAGUCUGGAACCCCUAUCUUGCUCUGCAUAUAAAUCUCCUGGAAAUUGUUCAGAAACGUACUACAAAACGAACACCAGCCGUCAAGCAUCUACCAUAUUCUGAACGUCUUGUUUCCCUGGGCAUGGACACAUUGAAACUCAGACGUCUGGCAACUGACUUGUAUGAUAGCUCAGUUGAAUUUCCCGUUAUAUGUCAGGCGACAAGAGGAGGUAAGAAACGACCUUCAUUUGAUCAAGGUGCUAAUUUGAGACCUAGUAAAGUUCCUCGUCUGGUUACUUCAACAAAUUCAGUCAUGAAGAAAGCAAAGAAUGAAGUAAACAAUCCUGGUCUAUCAACCAUACCAAUAUCACAGAAAAUUACUAAUGACAUAAAAGUGGAUUUCUCAGAAAUUAUCAAUGAAAUUCAGGAUAUUAUUAUUGAAGUGCAGAAGAAAUUGAGCAUGUUGAUAAAUGAACUUUUACAAGUUGAUGAUCGAGGGACACAAAACUCUUCUCCUCAAACUUCUGAUAUACAACUGAAUGGUGAUGCAAAUAUGCAGUUCUCUCAUGUGCAGUCAGAUCAAAAGACUACUGAGAUGACUAACACAGAAACUGCAGGAUAUUCACCAGGAGAUGACACACUGAUUUUAACUAAUCCAGAGGCUAGUGCUAAAGUUUUACCCAAGUAUGAAGAUAAAAUUUGUCAGACAGAAUUAACAUACGAGAGAUGUCGUUGUCUUGCUGUGUCUGGAUAUGAUGACAAAGUUUGUCAGACAGAGCUGGAAUUUCAGAACCGUUUUAAUGACCUCUCUGCACAUGACACAGCCAAUGCAUGUAGUUCUCAAACUGUAAACUACCAAAAUUGUUUAAGUUCUGCAACUUCUCCUAUGACUCCUUCUGUAGAGGAAAAUUUAGAAAGUCCUCGAACAGAAACAAGUGAUGAAAUGCCAUCUCCUCGCAUUUUGGAAAGCAAUUUAAAUUCUGUCCAGUCUCCACUGACUUGUACCAAUGAGAAUGCCUGUUCUGGAAACGGGAAACUUUCGCCGGAAUUAUUUUCAAGGUUUUUGUAUCAGUUAGAAAAUUACCAUAAUCUUGCAUCUCUUUGUACUGAACAAUUUCUACAAACAUGUGAUGGGAUAGAACAACAGUCUAUGAAUAUGGUAAGGAAACAUCACAACCCAGAUACUGAAUUAAUAUCUCGAUAUAAUCAAGAAAUGGCUCUCAGAAGAAAAUAUCAUAAUGAACUGAUGAAGAUUAAAGGUAAUAUUCGAGUGUUUUGUCGGAUUCGGCCAUUAGACACAAAUAUCGAAGGAGCAAAUGAAGAUUGUGUGUAUAUUGGUCCAAACAAUAAGGAUGUUGUACUUGUAAAACAGAGAAGGAAAAUAUUUAAUUUUGAAAUGAGUUUAGUUUUUCCUCAAGAUUGUACACAGUCUCAGUUGUUUGAAGAAGUAGAAUCUUUGAUUACCUCCUGUAUUGAUGGCUUCAAUGUAUGUAUUGUGGCUUACGGCCAAACUGGAUCAGGAAAAACUUACACGAUGGAAGGUACCCUGACUGACCCGGGGAUCAAUCCAAGAGCUCUCGAUAAAUUAUUUAAUGAAAUUUCUGCAAAACAUGACUGGAUUUAUUCCGUCUAUGUCAGCAUGCUUGAAAUUUAUAAUGAACAAAUCAGGGAUCUCUUGAGUACUGAACAAAGCAGGCUUGAAGUGUGGAACAUCGAAGGACAAAAUUCAAUCCGUCAAAAAGCAAAUUCAUUGCUUGAAGUGAAUGAGAUGUAUUCCCGUGGGAAGAGAAAUAGAGUGACAGCUUCAACAAAUAUGAAUUCAGCUUCAUCACGCUCUCAUACAUUGCUGUUAGUAGAAGUGGAAGGACGGAAUGUAUUAACAAAUACAAGAACAAGAGGCAAGUUGUAUUUAAUUGAUUUGGCAGGAUCAGAAAAUGUCGUAAAGUCAGGAGUAGAUGGUCAGCAACUGAAAGAAGCUGGAUUCAUUAAUAAAUCUUUGAGUACUUUUUGUGAUGUUCUUAAUGCCAUAAUAAUUAAGAGAUCUCACAUUCCCUUUCGGAAUUCAAAGCUGACUCAUCUCCUCCAGGAUUCUUUAGGUGGAAACAGUAAAACCUUACUCAUAACUCAAGUAUCUCCAAGUAUGUUGCAUCUCACUGAAACACUUCGCACAUUGCAAUUUGCACAAAGGCUGCAGUCUAUACAGACUGGUGACACCCCAGUUAGGUCAAGAGAAAGAGUAAAUGACACAGGAGCUAAUGGCAUGGAAGACGAAAUGACUGAAUUAAGGACACCAAAUGCUCAACUGUCUAGAGAACCUGGUCAAAGGGAACCAAGAUGUGCAAGCUUGCAUACAGUUAACACACCAAAAGGUCCAAAUGGAAAAUUCAACAGAAGAAAUAUUGCCAAACAGUACCGACGAUAAAUCAUUUCAAUUGUUUUAGUAUUUACAUGAUGUAAAUUUAUUUUAAUAACGACUUCAAAAUUUCGAAUCAUUACGUACCAUUUAUCAGUUGUAUAUUGAGUGAAAUAACUUAAAACACUCAUUUUGUUUUGUUUUUAAUUUUUUUGUAAAAUAUUUGGAAUAAAUGAAUUCAGAAUACUCCUUUAUUUUCCAUUUGACCCAGUUGAGAACGACUGGGAUCUAUGUAACAAAAUAGUAAAUGGGAUCCACAAAUGGCCCUUGAAAAGUUUGCAUUAGAUGUAUGUAUUGC